AUGAAAAUUUUCCAUGGCCUUUUGCAAUGCCGUACGCCAAAGCGUUUUACCGUACGCGUCGCCGCGGAAACGAACUUGGCUCGUUCUUUUCGUAAUUCCUCGGUGAAAGCUCAACAAGGAAACCUGCGUGUCAGUCAGCGGAUUGGAAAAUUGUGGAAUUCAAGGUUGACCACGGUUAAAUUUCCCUCCAAAGAUUCUAACGAUCAACUAAUGAAGUAUGAGGAAUUGGCUUUUCGUUCUAUAAAAAAGGUUUCUUUUCGGGAAAUAAUGUCAGAGGCAAAGCGCAAUGUUAUAAAGACGUUCAUGCCCAAGGGGUAUCCCGAUUCGGUGACCAGAGAUUACUUGGGUUUCGCCAAGUGGGAGUUUAUUCGUAAUGUUGCCGGAUCCGUGACCGGAGUGACCGGUGGCGACAAGAUAUGCGUUUGCUUUCAAGUUCUAUCGACCCAAACUUUACUAUACUCAAUGGGCCUGGGUGAAAAGUCGAUUCCUCUUGCCGCCACGUUAAACUGGGUCAUCAAAGACGGGCUAGGUCAACUGGGCGUCGCAAUUCAACUUUCCUCUCUGUUGGAAUUAUUGUCUCCUUUAUUUCCCGGAACGUUCUUAAUAAUCGCAUCAAUUUCAAACAUCGACGGAUGCAAAAAGUCAUCCGAAUCCCCUCAAGACAUAAGGAAUCACGUGCCAACUCCUCAAAACGUGUCGUCGAGGGAGGUGUUCAUCAGACGGUAUCGUUCCCCAUUUAAGAUACCAUUGGUCAUAGGGCCGGCACUGCGCAACUACACGUCCGCAGAUCACGACGACGAUUUACGCUCAGCAUUGAAACACCGGGGAUUUCUUCAUCCCGAGGAAUACUUCAUUCUCCAUGCACCCAACCGUCACCGAAUUCAAAGUAGCAGGCUGCCACAUGUUUCCAUAUGGUUUAGUCAGAAUGCCAAAUCCAAGGAUGUCAUUAAAGGAUUUUAUCACGCUUGCGCAAUUAGGCACGCUUUGGAACAUGUGGAUCCCGUUUCGUCAAACGACGGAGACCAUGUGUCGGAUAUUAUCAAGAGAACUCAUGAAUGGAUAGACAGCUCAUUUGAUACUCUCAUGGAUGCACUUGAAGAAAAUCAGUGGGACAUCGAAUACCUCUUCUUAAUAGAUAACGAAGAAAGUAAAUUGAUUGUUGAAGAAGUUCGCGGUUGA